UCUCUCACGUUCGAUGUGUGGUGUCAUAGAGAAAUAUUCGUGAUCGUAAAACUAAUAGAAGAAAAAGUAUACGAAAUGUUGGAUUUUAUUUGCUAAGAAUAUGUAUUACUUUAUUAAAAAUAUGCUUGUGUCCUACUGCAGCUUGGUACAAAUAUAGCAAAGGAAUUUUAGUUAUAAUAGCUCAUUAUGAACUGUCAUCAAGUACUUAGUGGUGCCUGUAAUUCAGGAGAUCAAUGUUUUGCUGUAGGAUCAGUGGAAGGAAUACCUUUCACAGCAUAUGCAGCGGGAUGUAACAUAGUGAUACUAGCGUCCAAUUUUGAGCGAGUCCAAAUCAUUCCUGGUGCUAUCCAUGGCUACGUCCGCAUCAGCUCUCUGGAUUGCAGCACUGACACCGGGAAGAUUGCUGCUGCAUAUGGUGCUGAAGUGUGCAUUUUUGAACCAACUCCUUUGAUCCAUAGUGCUGCCACUACUCAUGGCCUGGAAUACCGCUGGGUGCAAACUGGCAAGUUGGUAGCAGACGGGCCGAUCACAGCUCUAUCGUGGAACCUUGAAGGCACUCGACUUCUCACCGGAGGCAAGAUCCUACAACUAUGGCACCAAGCAUCGCUUUAUCAGGAGGACAGCCAACCAAGUUCCGGUGUUACAUUCCAAAUUGGCGGCGACAAAGACGAAAAGAUCAAACCUCCAGAAGAAGACGAACCUGGUUGGCUUUGCGUGUGGCAAUGUCACACGGCGACGCCGGCGCACCACCUCGCCUUUUCCCCGGAUGGCGUUCUGUUCGCCACGUCGGGCGUCAACGACCGCCUCGUCAAGAUAUGGUACCAAAAUAAAGUGUUAGUGCAAGCGCACGGCGAGCAUUCGCCGCCCGAGCUCAACUACACGUUCAUCUACGUCGCGCACCCAAGAGCCGUCACGCACUUAUCAUGGCGAAAGACGAGCAAGUACAUGCCCAAGGGCAGCGUAGGCAACGUGCUGGUGACGUCAUGCGUGGACAACAUAUGCCGCGUGUGGGCGGAGACCUUGCUACCGGAAGACGAAUGGGGCGGCGGCUGCGUUUCCGCGCACUCGCGCUCCCCGCCGCGCCGACAGCGAGCCACGCACCGACACAAGCACCGCUUCAUGCAGCGCUUGAAGCAUAUGAAAACGUGUUUCCAUAUUCGGCGGAACGCGCAGUCGUCCAAGCAGCCGGGCGCGCCCAUCCCCACGCUGCCGUCCACCUACAGCGCGCACGACUUCCAUAACCCCUACCACUCCACAUCCUAUACCGGAGGCCUCCACUUCCACCUGGCAGCGUCCAUCAACGCGGAGACGGACAUCCCGCUGGUGCCGUCGCUGGCGGGCGGUGGGCGCUUCAUCCUGCACUGGCUGCACAACAAGGAGAUGCACUUCACGAGCCAGGCCGAGGCGAUAUUGCACGAUCUCACUAAGAAAAUUUUAGAUAAGGAAGAAACAGAUGAAGGAGGUUCCGGUUCAGAUCACACCACACAUCCGGACGGAGAGAAUGAAAGACAUAGGCGGCCCAGCCAUCAUUUAACUAAAGUUCUAUCUGAGGAUAACAGCAAUAGCGACGAACAGCCAGCUAGCGGCAACCACAGCCACCCCAGCCUAUCAAACACCACAUCAAUAAACUCAAUAGCAACGGACGUCACAUGCACCCACUUGCCCGACUCCCUCGACGCUAAGAUAGAAGGCUUAUUGCGCGACUGGCACCAAAGUCCCGACCUACUGUUCUCUAUACACCCAGUGGAUGGCAGUUUUCUUAUAUGGGUAUGCGAAUGGCUAGACGAGCUACAAGCGGGUGCCAUUCGUCAAGCGCAAGUGUCAUUCUCAGCGCGCAUUCCCUCCGCUUUCCCACUCGGAGACGCUACCACCAUGUGCACCCCGGCAGCGCUGUACCACGCCGCCGCUCAACCCUUGUACGUGCGUCAUCGAACCAAGCCCGUUACGCCAGGACAAAAUCAACAAGGUGAAACUGUGACAACGCCGCUUGCAAGUGUACAGGAGGAAAAGGAGGAAACUGAUUGGACGCAAAAUGAUGAGCAAAAUACACAGCAAGAAAAUGGGCCACACGAAGAAAACAAUAACGACAUGAAAAGGAAAAUGAGUGUCGUGACGGAAGACCUUGGGGACAAUCAGGAAGGAGACGUGUUGGAGUCGGCACCAGUCAUAUCCAUGGUCACUAACCACACCAACGGAACUCUUAACUUGUGGCAGUUAACAUUUGACGACAAGUCCAAGUUCUCUCAGGUGUUAUCAAUAGGACACGCUUCUAGGGCGUCCGGUCAUAGGUUUAGAGUUAAUGACAUCACAUGCCAUCCAGUAUUACCACUAUUGCUUACGACAAGCCAUCACAACAUAUCAGAUCACGAGAGAGAAGUAUCAAACGUAGAUGAAGAUGCAGCCGCGGGCGGUUUAUGCUCGGAGCUUAUAAUGUGGCGCGUGGAGUGCGUCGGUCCGCUCGGCAAGUCCGGGGGCGUGUCCGAGCUCGCGCGAGUCAACUCUCCACAUCUUUCAGCGUUUAGUAACGUCGCUUGGUUGCCUACUCUACUACCCAGUACAACCUUGGGAAACCUAUCCAAUUCACCAUCAGCUUGCUUCGUGGCGAGUGACGGAGAAAGUUUACGAUUAUUCCAAGCGGUCAUCGAUGCACGGACGCUGUUAGCAGAAAUCGCCACUUCAGAACGCCGACACAAAGAUGUUCUCCAUCACGACACGAUGUCGCUAUCAUCCGACUCGACGAUAGAAGAAGGCGGCAUCCCUCUACACGACCGCAUCAAGAUCGUGUCGCAGCAGUCCACGGCGCGGCCCGGCGCCAUCAUCCAGCUGCACGCUAUCGCGGACGCCACGCACGACUGGCACAACACUCAACUGCUACACGUGUUCCAGGAACAGCUAAUCACUGGUGAACGUACAUCAAGCGACACGGAUAGUUCAGACUCGGGCGUCGAAGGUUCUGACGUGAACACCAUAACUGAAGCUGGCCUGGAAGCGAUAGUGGACCUGCGCAAAACGGCUGUGUUCAACGAACCCUUCUACAUAGUAGUGUUGGAGAGAACCGAUGGGGGUUCCACAGUACAUAUGUGGAGAUUGACAGUUUCUUCCCGAGCAGAUCCAUCAGAUGACCUAACAAACAGUAUGAUGUACGUGCCGGACAGUGCACUGGUGCAGGAAGACGAGGGCGAAUCGCGCAAAAAUUCCGUAUCUGUGGAUGCGGACCGACCCGUUCCCACAACCACACACUCGCAUCUCUCAAUUUCCACUAAGAAGGUGUGUGAAUGUCCGUUAUCGCUACCAGAUGGUGUAGACGUGAUCCAUGCAACACCAGCGGCGGGCCACCUGAGCUCUGCUUCAAUAUACCCAGCUUGUUUAGCGCCCUACAUAUUAGCCACAGCUUGCUCCGAUAGUACUUUAAGGUUUUGGAAGUGUAAUGUCACCAAAAAAGACAACGAUGAAUUUGAUUAUGCGUGGAAAGAAUGGGAAAUGAUGAACAAAGAUCAAGAAUCUACUAUAGACAUUCCAGGUCAACCCCUCCACAUAAGCGCGGCGUACUCCGGCCGAAUCGCAUGCGCGUACAAAUGUGGUAGAUCAUUCACACGACCAAAGGCCGGUCUCACCGCUAACAACUCGAACCCCGACGCCCGGUUCGUGAACCUUUGCGUUUGCGUGUACGAGUGCGAGAGCACCGGAGGCGCGGAGUGGCUGCUAGAAGACACCAUACCGUUACGGAACGUUAGUUUACCUCGUGUGGGCGUGUGUGCUGAUACGCAAAUCGAUCUGUCGUACUUGCACGACACGUCGUUCAUGCAAAAGAAACAAAGGCUGACACAGGUCCUGCAAACGUUGUCAUCGGACGAAAGCCGUAACAAUCGUAACGGCGAAGGCGACACAGGCAAAUCCGCGGGUCUUCUAGCAGUGCCGUCCUUCAGUACCCUACAGUCGUUGCGCAAAAGCAUCAUGGAGAACGGGAACACUUGCCCGCUCACACAAAAACACCUUGUGCAGUUGGACUGGGUGUCGAAGGAAGACGGAUCUCAUAUACUGACUGUUGCGGUCGGAUCGAGAGUGCUAUUGUUCACGCCAGUUUCAAGUGAUUUGGCCCAGGCUAAUUUGAAGGCUAUGAAAGAAUCAAUCAACAACAACCGGCCAAUACUCCGCAAGGCGUCCUCCCUCGCAGCACCUUUAUUCGUAGAAGAGAUUCGAUGGAUGCAGCUUAGACGUAUCCAGUUAAAGACAGUUGACGGUCUGCCGCCCUUGCCGAUGCAGAUAUCGUGGGUCCGAGACGGGAUAUUGGUGGUUGGGAUGGAUUCUGAAAUGCACGUUUACUCUCAGUGGAAGCCGGAAACGCCACAGAUAACAUCCGGUCAAGCGGCUUCCCAAGAGCAAGAGGAAGGCGGUGAAUCGCGUGCGCUUCGUGACUCAGACCUGCGCGUGUCGGCGCCGCACUUGCAGCGCGUGUCCUCCAUCAACUUACAGCUGUUGGAGCGCGACGCCAGGAGACGGAACAAAACGCAACCUGACCAACCUCAACCACUUCUAGACUACAUGCCAGAUUUCGGCCUAUUCGAAGCGUCACAGAUGGCUUGUCCAGUAUUACCGCAGUACCAUCCUAAGCAGUUGAUGGAGUUACUGAACAGUGGCAAAAUCCGAUGGGUUAAGGCAAUCCUCGCUCAUUUGGUCAGGUGCAUUGGGGGAAGUUAUACGAGCCGAAGCUCGCAAGGCGAUGAAGACAGCGUAUCGAGACAGCGCGGCUGGUCGCGGUCGCGCACGCUGUCCGUGUCGUUCGCCGCGGGCGCCGCAUCGCCGCUUGACGGCGUCGCACAGAUCACAGAAGAUGUCCAGCUUGAUUACGCGGAACUGACGUCAGUGCCGCCAUUACCACUCUGGACAUUAUUAGUCGCGGACAAGGAGUCUGCGCAUCAUCCGUCCACAAUACAGGAAGCUAAGGAUUACAAUGAACUAUUUGAGGGAACAAUGGAAGCAGAGGAGGAUCUUGAUGCGCUUUUGUUGACUGAAGAAGACGGUAUUGACCGUCGACCUUCAAUGCCAGAAAGACAGCCGCUUUCACACUUUGGACCUAGACAAGGUCGUAUUCUUUCCCGGCUAUUAACACAUACUCAUCUUCCCGGACUGAGUUCACUAGACCAAAUGCAUUUACUGGCUUUAGCCGAUACAGUGUCAACUUGUGAUGCGGACUUUGCCGAGCGACUUGCGUCGAACGCUCGAGUUGAUAUUAGCCAAGGAACAGGACAGGAAAUAAUGCCAGAUUCUUUGGACGACUGCGGUUUAAGGUUCCUGCUAGCAAUGAAGCAUUAUGGAUAUUUACUGCGGUGCCUUCCAAUAGCGCAGCGAGCCUCCUUACAACGUACAGGCGUUGGCACUUGCAACCUUGUAUGGGCCUUCCAUUCCGAGACCCACGAGCAACUUCUUAACCUAGUUCCUGGUUACGCUAAGGGUCAGCCCAAGUGGUCAACUAUGAGAGAACUAGGUGUCGGCUGGUGGAUACGUGGCGAUCUCUUGCGUAUAUGCGUUGAGCGCCUAGCGCGUGCGUCGUACAUGGCCAAACAAGAUCCCAUGGACGCCGCGUUGUACUACCUUGCUAUGAAGAAGAAGACGCUUCUGUGGGGACUGUUUAGAUCUAACCAUGAUGACAAGAUGACAGGGUUCUUUGCAAACGACUUCGGUGAAGACAGAUGGCGGAAAGCGGCGUUGAAAAACGCGUUCGUUCUCCUUGGAAGACAACGUUUUGAGCACGCAGCCGCUUUCUUCUUACUCGGCGGCGCUCUCAAAGACGCACUAGAGGUUCUCAUUACACGUUUAGGAGAUCUACAACUGGCGAUGGUGGUCGCGCGUUUAUAUGAAUCAGAUAAUGCUUUACCAAGUAGCUUGAGAAAAUUACUCAUGGAUGAAAUAUUAGGUGGUGAAACCGACGACGGAGAGAUAGACUUAGAACACGCGCAUCCCGAUCCGUUCGUCCGAUCAAUGGCGUUAUGGGAACUGAAACGUUAUGGGGAAGCACUAGACACGUUGCUAAGUAAUGCGGGAAGGUUGCAUGUGGCCCGUGACAAUGAACCGAUGCCCAGUGUGUUUAACUUCUACGUGUACCUGCGCACGCAUCCACGCCUUAAGCGUCACAAUAUGCCCAGUCAGGGUGGCACACUAGCCCUUUUGCACCAAGAAGCAGACGAAGGUAUAACGCGACUAGAGCGACGUCUGUACUUCCAAACAGCGCACGGGCACUUCAAGGCCGGCUGCCCAGCGCUGGCCUUGGAAGUUCUCUCGAAGCUUCCGGCGCGAGUCCGGGACGAGACGCGAGCUCGUCACGCGCCCGUGUCCGCCCCGUCCGUGGACGAGGCCGUCAUUCACACCGGACAACUCGAAGACACGACAGUCAAAAAGCAAGAAAGCGUGGAUUGGAAUUCAUCGUCAGUAGACUGGGGCGCGCCGGUCAGCACGGUCAAGGAUGAUGAACUUGUUCUCAAAUGGGAUGACGAUGAAGAGAAGUCAGAUGACUCGGGAGCUUCUACUCCUCCCUUGGAAAUGAAAAUGGACAAAUCCGCGCAACCUGAAGUACAAGCUUCAGUGGAAAGUGAGAAAGAAGAAGAAGGCCCUACCGUGGAUAUCAUGGCGCAGCAACUGAAGUUUGUGGCCUGUUUGAAGAUACUGAUGGAGGAACUCAGCACUUUGGCUACUGGGUUUGAAGUUGAUGGCGGUCAUCUCAGAUACCAGCUAUACAUCUGGCUGGAACGCGAAGUAGAAGCCCUUCGACGUCUCUGCGGCUACGUGUCGGCUCCGGGCGCGGCUUCGGGAGGCGAGCUGAUAUGUGCGGACGGGGAUCCCCCGCCGCUGCCAGAGAAACCCACGCUACAUCAACUGCUUAUCAGAGAGAAGGCGGACUUUGAAGCCAAAGUGCAAAGGGCGGUGCGGAGAAAGAAAUGGCUGAAAGCAAACGAGACGCUCCUCCGAACGCUCCUAUCAUACUGCUCGUUACACGGCGCGGGUGGUGGUGGGCUGGCCUCAGUGCGUAUGGAACUGGUGCUGCUGCUGCAGGAGCUGGGGCAGGACAAACAGCAUCAGCAAUUGCUGUCGCCGCUGCCUUUCCCUACCACAUUACCUCUGCUCGCUGCUGCGGUGGCGACUAACAAUACAGUCGUCGCGGAUCCUGUCCGGCAUUUGCAGUCCGUAGCACACGACAUGCUCGGCACCUUGGGCGAGCUGGGCAUACCGGGAGGCUCUGCCACUCGGCUACUGCACACUCUACGAGAGCUGGCAGUUGCGUUGUCCGCCUGUAUUUACCAGAGUCUGUGCGACUCCGAUACUUUCAGUUUGAAGCAUGCACACCAUGAUUGUAUGAUCGCUGAAACUCCUGGUACAACCAAUCUAUUGAUAAGACCGCGGAGAUAUUCGACUGAAGAACUUGUUGUAACCACUCCUCCCAACAAAUGGCCCGGUGUGUCAGCAUUACGCGGAUUAGCCCUGCGCGCGGCUGAAGAAGAGGAAGCUCCUAGAUUGCCUGUGCUUCUAGCGGAGGCAUUCUGCGCGGUUUAUCUAGCCCUUCUGGGCUGGGCGCUAGCGGCUCGAGACGCACAUUUGCUGUACCGACUCGCGGCGCAUGUGACGGAUAAUAAGGCCCACGCCAAACUGUUCGGCGGAGGCGUCAGGAGGCUGCUUACUACAGCACCCUCUCAGCCUCAGCCGAAACUCGUAGAAAGGUCAGAGGGUACAUCUGUUUGGUCAUCGCUGAGAGAAAAAAGGGCGCUACUACACAUGCGACUGUUAGGCCUGAGCCCCACUGCGCCACAUAAGAACAUUCAGGAGGGAAGACCUACUUACAGGGAACAGUUUGUGCCACCCCAUUGCAGCAUAUUGACCUUUCUGCUAACUAAGCCAACGCCCGAGCAAGAUCCAGACAACAGCGAUUAUGACUCCGCGGAAUCCGGCGCCGAGGAUGCGGAGGAAAAUGAGAGCGAGGCUGAAGACGACGACGAUAUCUUUGAUACUUCCACCACCAGGCCUGAGAAACGUCGCAAGGGAGCCAAUAUGGAGCAUUCAGAGCCGGACUCGUACUCGUGGCACGUGAUGCGAGUCGCCGUGCUUCGCCUCGCGCAGCACAAGUUACAGCAUUUCUUGCAGCUCUGCGGCAUUGAAAUGUCAGAACUAGCAACCACAAGCCCCACGGUGCACGGGGCUCUGCGUCGCGUGGAGCAGUGGCAGCAGCAACUCACAGAGACGCUAGAGGCGCGCGCGCCGCCGCCGCACUAUAUCCCCGGCUGCUUCCCCGACCAGCAGACCUCCGGGCCCCCUAUUAAUAAAUACAGAUGUUUGUUAGAAAAGCACAACACGCCUUUCAACUCGGCACUGUACAGCACGGCACCAGCUCGACGGUUAUGGAACUUCUUGGUGCGACAAGAGCUUGUUCAGGAAGUGUUCAUAAGAGCAGUGUUCUCCCGCCGUCGGACUCAGUCGUUGUCUGCGGAGGCCCACGCGGACGGGCGCGCGGGCUGCAUACCGCACCAGACGAAACUACAAGACGACGAGCUGCACAGUCCUGUGCGGAUCAUACACAAGGAGCAGGACUCUAUCGCCGCGUUCUGUCUCAACAGAGUGGGUGGAGGUCUCCUAGCUGUAGCGACAGCUCGGGAGGUACAAGAGAUGGAUGUAUCGUUACUGCUGAAAGGCGGCGCGUGCUGGGCCGAGGACGAGUGCGAGGUGGAUCUGUUGGCGCUGUCGGCCGACCCCGCAUCGCUGCCCGACACUGGGUUCCUUCUCAUACAGCAUCACGAUAAACCAAAUGGAGGUUCAGUUCCUGGCACUGGUAACAGUUCACCACUAAACCCAAACGCUCCACAGGCUCCAGUAGGCAUGGCUGGACAGACUGGGCGCGGCGCCAGUGUGGUAAAGGGCCUGCAGUUCCCGGGUUGCCACGACGCCAAAUACUGUCGCCUGGUGCUGCAUCGCUCCAAGCUUCUAAUGAAACCGGUACUCAAACACAAAAUUGACAAUAUCAAACGAAUGGCCGCUCAUCCUUCACAACCGUUGUACCUAACGGGAGGCGCAGACGGAUCGGUGCAGCUUUGGGAGUGGGGCCACGGAUCCUGCGUUUGGUCUCCCCGUGCGCCGGGCGCGUUCGCUAAAGUGACGCGCGUGCGUUUCUCGGAUUACGGCAACAAGUUUGCGGCGUCGGACGCGGACGGCAACCUCGCGCUGUGGCAAUUGCAUCCUUCGGCAGCCUCUGGCAACCAGCCGCACGCUUCGCCGCGACCGUUCUUUACUCAUCAAUGCCACAGUAAAGGCAUAAGUGACUUCGUAUUUUUAGGUUCCUGUAGUUUAGUCGCCACAGCUGGUCACAGUUCCGAGAGUAAGAAUGUUGCCAUUUGGGAUACUCUGAUGCCCAUAAAGAAAGCUUUAGUGGUUUCGUGGACGUGCCACGAGGGCGGAGCGGCGUGCGUGGCGUGGGCGGGGCAGGCGGGCGCACUGGUGUCUUGCGGGCGGCGUGGCGACGUGCUGGUGUGGGACCUGCGCGCGCGCGCGCCGCGCCACAAGCUCAACGCACAUCACGCGCCCAUCAAGUGUGUCUCGCUCUCGCCCAAAGAGGACUACUACGCGAUCGGCGCCGCUGACGGGGACAUUAAGGUAUUUUCACUAGCUACACAUCAGCUGCUGCACACGUUCGCGGGAGAGCACGCAAGAAGCUCCUUCUUCAAACACAUUGGCCAGGGCGUCACACAAAUACAUAUAGACGGCGCGGGGCGCGUGUUCUCGUGUGGCGCGGACGGCACCAUGAAGGUGCGCAAGCUGCCCGAGCGCGACCAGCCCGCGCACAACCACUACUCCACGGUAUAAUCGUAUGGUGGCCGAGCGAAGUGAAGCGAGUGUAUAGCGAGGGCCGGAGUGGAGCCCUACGUCCCGCUGUGAUGUAUUUAAUUGUUGCUGUUUGUUGUACGAUGAGGAUUAUACGCCGUUAGACUAGUCACUGAGUAGGCGAUGUUGUAUCUUUAGUGUAUUACAAAUGUUUAUGAAUCUUUAGUUAUUUCUAGUACGAAAUAUUCGCUGCUUAAGGUGAAGACAGACUGGUCUCACAUACGCAACGUAUGCGAUGCAACGUUCCUCUGUUUGUGUACAAACUGCAUUGACGUGUGCAAAGUAUAAUGUGUGAAAAUGUCUUUAGGCGCGUCGGGCGAUUUAGGGACGGGUAAAAACUUCAAGAUCGCGUCACUGACAUGCCAAUAGAUGUAUUUUAAUUUUCGAUACUACGAGUAAUUUGAAAAUCUAAAAAAAGCUGAUAUUAUGGUACGUAGUUACGAGUAUGUUUCUACUUCUGUCGGCAGUUUGCGAAUUUUUUCCAAUUGAAUUUUGGCAUACUGUUCAUAAAAUCUAGAACACUAGUCUAAGAGUCCUUGCCUACUGAUGCGGAGCAGAGCGGAGAUGUAUUAAAUAGAUCAAUUAAAUUAAUCAUUAAUGACGUGAUAAUUUUAUCAAGCCAUUAAUCAAUUAUUUAGUGAACUAGCGCCCUUAAGUGUGAAAUAUCAUAGGAACAAACCCCACCUUCCCACUCUGAUUUGGACGAGACCGUGUGGGAUUGCUUUGCAUGCGGUGGGUUUCUAAUCCACGUUUUUAUAAAACAGAUGAAAUUAUACGUUGUUUACACGUGUACCAAUGUUGGAAACAGUUGCUUCGCAUACGUUGCGUACAUGGAACUAGUCUGUCUUUACCUUUAACGUCGUCUUAGACGAAAGAUUAGGUACGAUUUAUUUAUUAGCGGGGAAUGGUAGGGAACAGCGGAGCUGCGACGGAGUGGAGGAGUGAACUCUUCGAGUGCAAUAACUCUGCAACUUAUGAAUUCGACCGCGGUCGAGCCUUUAUUCUUGUUAACAGAUAAUCCUUCGAGAUAUUUAGCUUAUAUGAGUGCACAUAAUCUUAAUACGUGUAACUUGUUGACGCAUAAUAAAUAAUUUACAUAUUAUUAUUAUUCAUAAUAAUUUAAUUAUAUAUUACGAUUUACCGUAUGUUUGUUGUCGUGGCUUAAUACGUGUAAUGUUAAAGUGUAUCUCUAUAUAACCAUAUUAUCGAUUCAUAAUGUUUCGGGCGACCUAUCGAAGGUUUCGGAGAGACAUUCGUGAAUAAUGUAAUCUUUAAAACAAUCUUUUUAAAAACUUCACACACUUUACUAUUAGGUGUAAGUGUUUCAUCAAUUUGUAAAAUUGCAGGGAUGAUUUCAAAUUAUACGUCCAUUUUGUUUUCUAAAAGCAAUACGUUAUUUAACAACAUUUCGAAAAUAAAGCAAUAAAGCAACCUUGCACGCAUUACGCUCUGGUUAACAGUAUUAUUUAUUGAUCACAGAAUGAAAGGCGUCCGAGAGAUUUUUUCUCAGAAACGAAAUCCGCAAACCCGUUGGCGUGCAUUUUUAUAAAGGAUUUUUUUAAUGAAAUAAAUAAAUUAAUACAUAAUGGGGAUGAUGACUAUUUAGUAAAAUCGGCGACUUUUUAUCAAAUGUCAAAACGAUUUCUUAUUGAGGGAGCUUGUAUGAAAUUCACGGAUUUAACGUCAUGCACAUUUGACGUACUUUUUAGGUAAAUCGAUCGUUUAAAAUGGUUAGCAAAACUUAAAACUAGCAUCGAAUGUGGAUUUUACGAAUUUUGGAAGACAGAUAGACAUCAUCCCCAUUAUAACCACAUUCAAGAGCCAGUCGAGCCAGUCAUAGGGUUAAAAAAGGUUGCUUUUUUUUUACAAUUCCUGAAAUAGAUGCCUUCGUAUGCACGUCACUGCGUCCACGGUGUUUGUGUGUGUGUGUGUUGCAUUGUGAUAUGUUCUGACGCGGGACGUCAGGCUCGCAUUUUAUUCCAAUAAAAUUACAAAAUUAUUUACUUUUCUACUUAUAAUUUGGAAGAUGUUGUGUAUGCAUUCAGUUAGCAAAGGCUCGGAUACACAUGACGCCCGUUGGUGACAAGUCCAAUGCGGCUUCUAGUAGCUUUCACUUAUCUGUGCUUUCAUACCAGGAACUGUUCAAUACAAAGGGGUUCACUGCACAGUCAAACUGCGUUAUUGCAAUAGUCGCCAUAGUGUAACGUGUUUUAAAUUUUAAUACACUUUGAACUUUAUAUUGUGUUCCUUAAGGUGGAAUUUUAAGAUUUCCAUACACUUUUUUAAAAAAUCGGAACGGAAAAAUUGGACGCACGGUCUACGCGUCAUAACUUCUUCCAGUCUAAUGCUAAAAAUGCCACCGUAAGCAAUACAGUAUAAAGCUUACCUUCCAUACUCGGUGCGGAGUCAGUGUCUAUGUAAUGUGCGAAAACCUUAAAUCAUCAGUAUGACUGUAACCUCUUACCGUGUAGGUGAAGAACUCGAUCGUCGCUGCCGCCGCGUUUUGUGUGUCCAAGCCAUAAGUGUCUUUUGGUUUAUCCUAUUUUUUUUCUAUAGCUUAUUUUUCGAAAUAUUUAGAAUCUUUUCUUAAUAUUUUAUGUACCACUCACGAUUAAUGAGUAUUUAAUUAGAGCAUUUCUUAAAUAAUAAUUUAUUUUUAACAUAAUUCUGUUUUUAAUCGUCUAAUAAUAAAUAACUAUAUUAAUAUCUUUUUUAAUACGUAAAAUCAUUAAAAAGACGAGUAAUUGCAGUGGAAUUGACACCUUGUAUAACCAAACCACAUGUCUACUGUCAAAAGACAUUUCCUAGACAGUUUCGUUAUUUAUAUUCGGUUAACUAUUUGUAAUUUUUAGGGUUCCAUACCUCAAAAGGACAAAAGGAACCCUUAUUAUAGGUUAAUAUUAUUUUAUCGCCAAAGUUGUGUACAGCGAGUACCUUUAAAUUCAUUUCUGAAAUAAGUUACCAUCUUUUUAGGUCUUAUUAUUUUUAAAUUCGCACAAUAAACAUGUAAUUUGAAGGACUGAACACAUUGUUUAGAACCCGCUACGAAUAUACAAGAACAAUUUAAUUAUAACCAUAAAAAUAGUUCAUUUACAUCAUUUCUAAAUUUCUAAAUAUUUUAUUAUUAUUUUUUCAAACGGUCUUUGUGCACAUGUGAGAGCACACCGUUAAAAAAACCAUUAGACAAUAUUGAUAAAAAAUUAUAAUAUUGAAAGUUGAAAAUUAUGUAUUUGUAAAACAAUAAUAAAAUCUCAGGAAAUUAAUUAAUGAGGCACACAGGCAGAAAAAUGAAAUUAAUGCUAUAAGUGAUAUAUUUGUAAUAGUACCUAUUUCAGAACUUUUAAUUAAUCAAAUUAAUAAAUUGUAAAUAGUACGUAUCUGAAAAAUUGCGUCUAAAAUUUAUUUUCUGUGGAAGUAUUUACCUAUACAAUCCAUUUAAUUUGUUUAUACAGUUAAUGUAUGUUUACAGAUAAAUUAUUAUUAUUAUAAUCUACAUUUUUUUUUUGUUUAAUUGACGUUGCUCGUUUGUUUUACUGUAGAUAAAUCAAUUUUUUUAGUAGGUGAAUGUAGUAUUGUAUUAUCAUAAUCAUGAGCAGAUCCACCUAGUGUAUCAAUAGAGUAGUUUUAUUAAGUUCGUUAAUAAUAACAGAAUGUCAAAUGUUUUAUUCAAUUGAGUUGUAGUGCAGUGUUAUAACUGUGCAUUUACAUAUUCGUCACUCGCCGUUUGUGUGAGCUGAGGCCGAAGAGGAAUAUGUUUAUACAGUAUGAGAUUUACUCAACCUUUAUAAAAUUCGAAACACAACGUCGAAAAACAAUAACGUCAGAGUAAAAUGAGUUGAACUCUACAGCUCCUUGAGUCAAAAAUUCAAAACCAUCGAUUUUAAUUUUGCGUCGUAACCGCUUGGAGCGUUAACGAAUUGGAGCUUUAAAACAAGGCAAUUAAGGACCAUUUUGCUGUAACGCUGGUGUUUUGACGUUUGCAUUGUAUUGACAUUGGUGUGAUGUAAAAUCUCUAAGCACUGCUAACUCGUAUCCUGGUUCAACACUCGUCGUGCCCUCUCGAGUGAAUAGUAAAUGCACCAUCAGGCGCGAUAUUGCGUCUCCUGCUAACGUUGUUAUAUUAUGACAUUUCCAAGCAUGCAAGCAGCUUAAAAAAGCUGUCUGUAUUUUGAAUAGUAUGUCUUUGUAAACAUUAUUCUGACGGGGUGCUUUUUUGCAUGAGGUCUGCUACUCCAUGUUUUAACUAAUUGGUCCAUAAAUAUAAUUUUUACAAUAUCCAUAAAUAUAUAUUUUCAAGAGACCUCUUAUUUUAUAUUAUUAAGAUUUGAAAUUAUAUAAAAUCAAUGUAAUUGUUCAAUAUGUAUAUAAAAAUAUUAUUUUUUAGAAUUUUGCUUGGAAUCAACAGUAAGUUGUGUGUUCUUUUAUCAAUACUGAUAUCUAGCUACGAAAUAUUGCAAUACUUACAACCUGCCAAGCCAAAACUUAUGAGAGUCCUGUAACUUUUCAAAUUAAUGAACGUGGCAUCUGAGUUGCGUUUUAAUUCGUAUAAUUAAAAUGGGACGUCAAAAAACGAGGUUAGGUCGUACAUAUAAAAUGACAACCGCUGGCGAUGCAACGUUCGUUAACUUCAAAACUUAUACUCAGGGCCCUGUAUCUAUAGGAUAAUAAUAAUUAUUAUUGUAAAAUAGGGUUUGACUAUUUUUACACAACUGCUCCAAGAGGAAAAUGUUUUUAAAAAUGUUAUUUUUUCAAUCAAAAUAUUCUUUGGAGUAAUGUAGCAUGUAACGUCUAUUGUGUGAUUCAAAUAGUUACAUAGGUACCCCUACGUAGUCAUCACAUUGCAUGUGAUUUAUAAAUCAAAAGUAUUUACGUAGUAACCUAUUCAUAAUAUUAUGUUAUACUUUUUUCUUACAAUCUUUACUCCAGGUAUUAUUCUUAUUUAGAGAAAAUUAUACUCCACGCUAUUAACUAAUUCGCAAGGUAUCAAACAUACUAGUCAAGUGCCCUAUUAUUACAAUAUUUAAUAAUCUAAAACCACACGCUGCAUCUGUGUUAUUGUUUGUGAACAAUGUUCGUAUUGAUUAAAGCUUAUUUUGUUUUAUUUAUGAAAGAAUGUUUAAAAUAAAGGUUAAUCUAAAAA